AUGAGUUCACAAAACACUCAGACUUCAUCCACUUCAAACGUGUGUAUUGAUGCGCGAAUAGCUAAUGAAAUAAGCAAGAGAGUAGGUGCCUUCUUAGCCAGCGAAGCUGGAUUUACUAGCAUAAACCCACGAGCCCACGAAGCUUUAGCUGAUGCCAUAGAAACAUAUUUUGAUAACCUAAUAAUAACCUCGCAUUCCUUUGCCGAGCUGGCUUGUCGAACACAACCCAAUCUUAAAGACAUCGAAAAGGCCCUUGAGAAAUUAGGAGUUCGGACAAGUGGACUGGAGACUUUUCUCGGAAGGUGUCAAACAGAAAAAUAUAGGCGAUUAGGCUCUGCCCUGCGGACGUCUUUUCGUCCGGCAUCGCCAUUGUUAAAGCCCACACCAGAGAUGUUGGCUUCGGACGAAGAGGACGAGCUAGAGGCAACCGUGGGUGUUGAGGAUAAGCGAAGAGAUCGAAUUGUGAAGAGUGGUGAGCCAAAGGUGAAAGAGAAAUCAGAUUCCUUGUCACGUCCAGCUUACGUUCCGACUCAUCUUCCUCCGUUUCCAAGUAAACACUCGUACAAGAGAACACCGGUAAUGACUGUUCUUGGUGAAGAUCCGCGUCAACUCAACAUGGAGCAGGUCCGUUUGAUAGAGAAUAGUUUACAAAAACUGAUAGCGGCGGAAGAUCAGGUUUACUUCCCUUCUGUGGGUUCGGAUUCAUCGCCAUCUUCUUCUACAGUCGUCUCUUCAACAUCAUCAGAUUAUGGUAAUAUGCCCGAACAAAUACCUAUAAUUAACUAUGAGACAUUUACAUUAAGGAAUUUGGCGAAAAAGAGUAUGCAAGGUGGAUCCAUAGAUAGGAAGCCGUGGGAGAACAUUGAAAUAACUGGAUUGAAGAGGAAGAGAGCGAGUAUUGGUAACGUCGAUGGAGAGCCGAGCGCUAGAAAAAUGAGAGGAGGAUAG